AUGGAAUAGGGGAGAAAAGAAGAGGCUUUUAAGCAAUAUGAAAUAGCUAUAAACAUAGAUUCUAAAUGUGCAAAUGCCUACAAUAACAGAGGUGAAUUAAUUUAAUUAAUAUUAGGCAUUUAUACGAUGACAUUGAUGAAAAAGAAAGAGCUUUAACUGAUUUUAAUCUAGCCAUCUAAAUUAAUCUUGAAUGGGCAAAUCUCUACAUUAACAAAGGUGAAUAAAUUUUACUAAGAUAAGGCAAUAUAAUUAGUAAUAAAUAAAAAAGCCUUAGCUGAUUAUAAUAAGGCGAUCUAAAUUAAUUCUAAAUAUGCAAAUACCUAUAGAGUCAGAGGUAAAUUAAUUUAAUUAAUAUUAGCCAUUUAUUGUAUAUUCUAACACUGGUGAUAAAGAGAAAAUUGUACUGAUUAUAAUAAAUCCAUCUAAAUUAAUCCUGAAUGCACGAAUGUCUAAAAAACAGAAGUGAAUUAUUUAAAUAAAUAUUAGGCAAUAUAUACAAAGAAUAUGGAGAAUAGAAAAAAAGAAUCUGAUUAUAAUUAUGCCAAUUGAUAUUGAAUAUGCUAUGCCCUACCAUUAUAGAGGUGAAUUAUUUUAACUAAUAUUAGGCUUUCUAUAAAAUGACGGAGGCGAAAAAGAGAAAGCCUUAGCUGAUUAUAAUCAAGCUAUCUAUUAUGAAGUAUUUAAUUUAUCUUCCUUUACCAGCUAAAGUAGUUCAAAUAUUUGUGGAUAAUCUGAAUUUUCAGACGCAAAGUAUUUCCAUUCUCUCUUAUACACUACCAAAAUUCCUCAGCUUUUGUACUUCACAACAAAAUAAAAUGAAAAAAUGUUUAAAAAGUUCAUCAUUGCAAGGAGGUUACUACAUUGA